GAGAUGCUUACGUAUUUACCGUACGAGGAGUCUGUAUUCAUUGUUCGUUACCCAUUUGCAAAAUGUAUAGGGACUUUUAUAAUUUUUUUAAAAAAUCAAACGUGUUUAUAUAAAUAUAUAUUGUUUCAAAUGCCAUUAUGACAUUUUAUUUUUCCUAGCUUUGGCUUCGUCGUCUAUCUUAUUAGAUCGAUACCGUCGAAUAUUGUAUCAUUUACUUUUCCUCUUCCUUGAUUCCUAAUUCGUACCAAGCAAGCAAGCACCGGUAACGUUAAAUCUAAAAACAAGACUUGAAUAGCAUCUGAGUGUCUUAGAUUUAAUUGAUGUAAAAAAAAGGUUUAAAAGUUCCAAGCGUAGAUAUAUAAAUAUGAUUUUACUUUUCUUAGUGCAAGAUCAAGAGAUGAUAUUCAUAUAACUAGUGACAGUUGAUUCCUUGGAAAGUAAAUUGGGUUUUCCAAUCAAAUUCUUUUCCCUUAGGCCUUAAAUUUGUAUAUUCUUUGUUCUUUCCCAUCCUCACCUUCUUUCUCUUUCAUAUAUGAAAUCAUGUUAAGCCUUCAGAGUUAAGACAAAAUCUGCAUUUCAAUGGCUGCAAAACCUCAUUUGAGUUGAAAUCAAGAUAAUGGAAACGGUAGAGUCUAUCUCUCUCUAUUAUAAACCAACAUGGGUUGUUGCAGCCGUCUGUUUUGUCAUUAUUCUUAUAUCUCUUUUCGCUGAAAGAGGCCUUAAUCACCUUGGAAAGUGCCUGACGCAUAGCAAUCAAGAUGCACUAUUUGAAGCUUUACAGAAAUUAAAAGCAGAGUUGAUGCUACUGGGGUUCAUUUCUCUUCUAUUAAAUGUCUUUCAAGGUCUAAUAAGCCAAAUCUGCAUUCCGUCUCACUUUGAGUCCACUAUGCUUCCAUGCAAGAAGCACACCGAAAUCAAAGGUCAUGAAAACUAUUCUCCUCCAGCCAUAAACAAUGAACGUCACCUGCUUUCGGAAAAGAGUGGCAAUUUUUCAGAUCAUUGCUCACUUCAGGGGAAGGUCCCGUUAUUAUCAACGGAGUCAUUUCAUGAGCUACACAUUUUAAUCUUUGUAGUGGCAAUUGUUCAUGUAGUAUCCUGUGCUGUUAUAUUGGUUCUUGGAAGAGCAAGGAUACGCCAAUGGAAACCUUGGGAAGAUUCGAUUUCUACAGUACCAGCAGGUCCAGCUAAAGUCACUCAUAGGCAUCAUCUCAAUAACGUACUCAAAAAACUUGCAUGGGGAUAUUGGAGAAGGGCAGCCGUCAUAAGCUGGAUUAUUUCAUUUUUCAAACAGUUCUAUAGCUCUGUUACCAUGUCUGAGUACAUAGCACUUCGAGAAGGUUUUAUCAUGACCAAUUGCCUUAGCCAUCAAGAAUUUGAUUUUCACAAGGACAUGGUGGAGUCACUUGAAAGGGACUUCAGACAUGUGGUUGGCAUAAGCUGGUAUCAGUGGUUAUUUGCGGUAGUGUUUUUGGCAUUGAAUGUGGAAGGAUGGCAUACGUAUUUUUGGCUAUCGUUUCUACCUAUAGUGCUUCUACUUCUUGUUGGAGCCAAGUUAGAGCACAUAAUCGUCCGCUUAGCUCAGGAUGUCGACGUGAUGAAGAAGCAUCCGGGACAGGAAUCAGCGUGGGUGAGACCUUCUGACGAAUACUUCUGGUUUAACCGUCCUCGCCUCCUUCUCGACUUUAUUCACUUUAUCCUAUUCCAAAAUGCCUUUGAGAUUGCGUUCUUCUUCUGGAUCUUGUGGACCUAUGGUUUCCAUUCAUGCAUGAUGGAAAAAAAAGGCUAUAUCAUCACUAGACUUAUAAUCGGUGUAAUCGUUCAAGUUCUAUGUAGUUACAUCACACUGCCAUUGUAUGCUCUUGUCACUAAGAUGGGAACUGCUUCCAUGGCGGAGUCGGUGUCGGUGCCGAUGCAGUCACCUGGGAUAAUUUAAACAUAUAUAUAUGAUAACCUUAUAGUUCAACUCUAGAUUGAGACAUGAGAGGCUGAUUUUUUAUUUUAUCCUUGCUGUAAAUGUACAAUCUUUCUUUGCAUAAUUACAUUUGUAAUUUUUGCCAACUGAUGGUGCUGUAAUUAAUAAUAAAAAAAAGAAAUUGCUGGUGGAAA